CCGCCUCCAUCACGCCGAUGGAACAGGAGCUGCUGCAGAUCCUUCGCGGCCUCAAGUCCCCGCGCCACCUGCUGCAGACCCACGCCCAGCUCCUCGCCCGCGGCCUCUGCGCGAGCCCGCGCCUCCUCCCGGCCCUCGUCUCCGCCGCGUUCUCCGUCGCCUCCUCGUCCCCGCGCCAUGCCGCCGCCGCGGCGAUCCUCCGCGCCGCCGGCGCCGGCGCCUCCACCGUAGCGCACAACAUCUUCAUCGAGCGCCUCGUCGGGCGCGGCGGCGGCGGCGGCCGUGGCUGCUCCGCGGCGGACGCGUUCGCGGCCUACACCGCGAUGCGUGCCGCAGGGGUGUCCCCCAACGGGUUCACCUUCACCUUCCUGCUUCGCGCGUGCGAAUCACUGAGGCGGCUGCCGCUGUGCCGGUGCGUCCACGGACAGAUCGUGAGGUGUGGGUUCGGCUCCGACGUUGUCGUGCAGAACGCUCUCCUGAACGUGUAUUACAAGUGCGGUGACCCGGGUGACGUUGGGGUCGCUCGCAAGGUGUUUGAUGGAAUGGCUGAUAGGGACGUGGUUUCAUGGAACUCCAUAGUUGGUGUGUACAUGUCGAGCGGAGACACAACAGGUGCCAUGGAGUUGUUUGAGGCGAUCCCGGAGAGGAAUGUUGUCUCCUGGAACACUAUUGUCGCUGCAUUCACGAGGGCAGGGGACAUGGUGUCGGCACACGCUGUGUUUGAUAGGAUGCCGAUCAGGGAUGCCAUUUCUUGGAAUCUCAUGAUUUCAGGGUAUGCAGGAAGUGGCAAUGUUGAGUCUGCGCGAACACUUUUUGAUCUAAUGGAUCGGAAGGAUGUGGUUUCGUGGACAGCUAUGGUCUCUGCCUAUGCAAAGAUUGGGGAUCUAGAUUCAGCUAGAGUUCUGUUUGAUCAGAUGCCUGAUAAGAACUUGGUUUCAUGGAAUGCAAUGAUAACAGGGUACAACCACAACUCGAGGUAUGAUGAGGCACUUCGCACAUUUCAGCAGAUGAUGCUUGAGGGAAGAUUCAUGCCUGAUGAAGCAACAUUAGUAAGUGUCGUGUCAGCCUGCGCUCAGCUGGGCAGUGUUGAAUACUGCAACUGGAUCAGUUCUUACAUUAGUAAAAGCAACACUCAUAUAACUGUUGCAUUAGGAAAUGCUCUCAUAGACAUGUUUGCAAAAUGUGGAGAUGUAGGAAGAGCACGGUUAGCUUUUGAUAAAAUGAAAACAAGAUGUGUCAUUACAUGGACAACAAUGAUUUCUGGUUUUGCUUAUAAUGGACAGUUUAGAGAAGCCCUGUUGAUCUACAGUGAUAUAUGCAGAGAAGGAGUCACACUGGAUGAUACAAUCUUUAUUGCUGCACUUGCUGCUUGUGCUCAUGGAGGUUUGUUGCAAGAAGGUUGGAGCAUCUUUAAGCAAAUGGUUGAGCACUAUGGGAUUGUGCCAAGAAUGGAGCAUUAUGGAUGCAUAGUGGAUCUACUUGGUCGGGCUGGUAAGUUACAGGAGGCAGUUCGAUUUAUUGAAAGCAUGCCUCUUAAGCCUGCGGUUGUCAUUUGGGUUACUUUGCUUAGUUCUUGCAUUACACAUGGUGAUGCAGAGUUGACAGAGUAUGUCAGUGCAAGAGUAGUUGAAAUAGAACCUUUUAAUUCUAGUUAUCAAGUGUUGGUUUCCAAUUGUAGUGCCCUAGAGGGAAGGUGGGGCAGUGUGAUGGAUGCACGCAAAACAUUGCGUGACAGGGGAGUUGAGAAAACACCUGGUAGUAGCUUGAUUCAGGUAGGAAAUGAGGUACAUGAGUUUUUGGCUAAAGACACAAGGCACAAGAAAAGGAAAGAGGUAUAUGAAACUUUGGAUGGUUUAAUAGCCCUCAUCAGACAUACAGAGCAUACCCCUUGGAUAAGUUAUUGCAGCACACUUGAGUUCUUUGAGUAGUUGCAACCUUACUAAGUGAACAAUAAGUUCCAGUUAAAUCAACAAUUUUAAUGGCAUCCAUAGCCAUUAAGGGACAACUCUAGGAUAGGUUGAGUUAUUCACUAUCUUGCCAGGUUGGUUGUGUGCUGUGCACUUGGCAUGUGAAUGAAAGCUGAUUCAGCUGUCACCUAUUAUGAUGUAGAAUAUCAUGGAACUGGGGGGCAUCAAAUGAAUUGCAGUUGCAGUAUGUUGGCCAGUAUUUCCAUUUUGAAUAGAAAAUGGACUGUGUUUUAUUUAAGAUUGAUGAGGCCACCAUUGACACAAGCUGUGUUUUGUUUAAGAUUGAUGAGGCCACCAUUGACACAAGCUGACCAUGUGCCAAUCUUUAGGAGGAAGAACCUACUUUGCAUCUCAGAUGUUUCAUUGAAGCUGGGGAAUUGGGUCUCUCAGGAGUCAUGUUUGCAGUUUGAUAUAUUUAAUAUACUUUCAUCACAAAAUUGUCUCAACUUUGAUAGAAUUGACUCUCGUAUGCUGCAGCUGUUGAGGAUAUCUUAUUUUGGUGAAGUUGAACGAGUUUGUUUGCCAUGUGCUAAUCUUUCAAGUCUGUAGGAUUGACCGGAACAAACUUAUAAAUCCUCCAUGUGCCCAGUUCUUCAGUUGACAUGCUAGAUUUCUGAAUGCAGUUGCUAUCUUAUGGUCCCAUAAAUAAUGGUACUCUCUGUCACAUAUGCUGGAACCUGCAAGCAUCACAUCAUGUCCAACCACCCAAGAGUACUACAGUGCUGGGUGCUGCUCAACUAAUUGCGGUGGUACUUCUUGUGUUUCUCUUGUGCACCAAGCUUGGACCAUGCAUGGACAGCCUUUAGAGCAAAUGGAGGUGACCGCAAGAGGUAAUCUAAUCUUAUUUUGUCCAUAGCUGCAGAAAUGGUUAGUUGUAACCUGUUUCAUUUACUCUGAGUGAUCUGCCAAAUGGAGAGAACUGCCUCGGUGCAUAGUUGAUGGCGUGACGCCCUAAGUGUGAGGAAAGUGUGAAUUGAUGUCUCCAAAUUUUGGUUAGACAAGCUUCACCUCUUGCUGGCAUGGUUGAGUUGCCUACCUGCCUGGACUAGAGGCAUCAAUGAGUGUGUCAACUGUCAACUCUGCCAUGUGAAUUCCUCUGUUUCCUGACCAGUCCUUGGACCCAGAAGGACAUUGGCUCUUCAAUUAUCUUAAUGAAUUCUGAUUACAUUUCGGUUCAUUGCAAUUAUCCCUUUGUUUCACAAAGCUGGAGCAGCGCACUGAAGCCAUGAAUGUGGGUUGUUGUCUAGCGAAGGCAAUGGUUGGCUGACUUUCAUCUCAGGCUGGGGAAUUGCAUUGGUCUCUCAGGACUCGUGUUUGCAAUUUGAUAUAUUUAACAUACUUCCCUCACAAAAUUGUAGCAACUUUGAGAGAAUUGACUCCCUGAUGCUGCAGCUGUUGAGCAUAUCUUAUUUUGGUGAAGUUGAACGAGUUCGUUUGCAAUGUGCUUUGACCUUUCAAGUCUGUAAAAUUUUCCAGAACUAACUUAUAUUAUAGAUCCUCCAUGUGCCCAGUUGUUCAGUUGGCAUGUUAGAUUUGUGAAUCCAGUUGCUAUCUUCUGGUCCCAUAAAUAAUGGUACUCUCGUCACACAUGCUGGAACCCGGAAGCAUCACAUCAUGUCCAACCACCCAAGGGUACUACAGUGCUGGGUGCUGCUCCACUAAUUGCGGUGGUACUUCUUGUGUUUCUCAUGUGCACCAAGCUUGGACCAUGCAUGGACAGCCUAAGCAAAUGGCGUGACCACAAGAGGCAUUUCUCCCUUGGUGCAUAGUUGAUCGCUCGACGCCCUAAAUGGGAGGAAAGUGUGAUUGAUGUCUCCAAAUUUUGGUAAGAUAGUAACAAGCUUGGCCUCUUGUUGGCUUGGUUGAGUUGCCUACCUGCCUGGACCUGAGGCUUCAACGAGUGUGUCCCUUAAAAAAAACAGUGUGUCAACUUUUCCUCUGUUUCCUGACCAGUCCUUGGACCCAGAAGGACAUUGGCUCUUCAAUUAUCUUAAUGAAUUUACUAUUAUGCAAUUAUCCCCUUGUUUCACAAAGCUGGAGCAGCCGCACUGAAGCCGUGAAUGUGGGUGGUGGUUGUCUAGCGAAGGCAUAAUGGUUGGCUGAAUUUCUGUAGUGUUGGGCCGUUCAGUAAUCAUGAUGCCAGUGAGGCAUUGCCGCAUUGGAGAUGCCUGGGAAAAAAAAAACUGGAUUCAACAACGAAUUAGAAUGAAUGUGCCUGUGCAUGGUUAAGUUCUAUAAAAUACAAAAUUCAUGGAUUUUUCUCAUAUUCCAGAAACCCAUGUCAGAAUGUCAGAUGAGACCAAAUAGGCAGCUACGACACUGUCAACCAAAUACUAUAAUCCCAGUGUUGACAAAGAUGGCCAAUGUGUGAGGGAUAUUCAUACGAUUAAUUCAUCUGAUGUCACUUUAAUUAAUAAUACAUUCUGUGUGUGUCAGUGUGUGACCACAUCCGGGUCCCCUGCAUUGGUCACAUGCUUUGCCAGUUUUUGUUAGCUGUCUACUUUUGUUGGAAACCAGUCUACCUUGUUCUUUUUCUUGUGGAGAGACGGAGCGUUGUGCACUUUACCUACAUUAGUCA